AUGAAACCUGUACUUCUACUGUUUCCAAAAACUUUACUCAAAUCAUUUUCUAAUAUCAAUGAACUUCCACUGUCUUAUCGACAUCUUACUAAAGGAAGACAAUUUACUGUGGGUGAUCAUCAAUUACGAGCUCGGCGUCAAAAUGAUUCAAAUGCUGACUUUUAUUGUUUUCAAAAGAGUACUAAUGGAAAUGAAGCUCAUUUAGUCCAAGAUAUUGAACCACCUACGGAUUGUGCACCAAAAGAAGUAACUUUUCGACCCGAAUUUCCAAAACAAUUAAAACUCCGUUGUUUACCAUUUGGUUCAGAUGAACCAAAACGUGUUAUCAAAAAUUCAACAAUAAAAAAGAAAAGAAAACGUUUAGCUGAUUAA